AUGAAGGCGGUGGACGUGGCGGCCGAAUCUGCCGAGGCCGCGGCUCACCGGCCGCCGACCAUCGGGCUGAACUUCGGCGAAGCGAUGGCCGACUUCAAGACGAUGUUCCCGACGCUGGACGACGAAGUGAUCGAGGCGGUGCUGCGGUGCAACAAGGGCAGCGUGGACCGGACGGUCGACCAACUGUUGACGAUGAGCUGCGAGUGUCGGGCGGCCGACCUGCUCAAUAACGGGCCCGGCGAUGGUCUGCCCGUGCAGCACGCGCUCUUCGACCCGAUGUUGCCCGACGUGCUGCACAACCUCGGCAAGAAGGCCGCCCGACAAAUCGGCGACUCUUCGUCGAGUCGUUGGAACCCACCGAUGCUCGGGCCCCUGCCCACCGACUUCCUCAGGCUCACGACCGCCGGCGGUUUCACAUCACAAGUUUCGGAGAGCGAACUCAACGACGAGCAAAUAGCGAUUCUGUUGCAGAACGAAGAAUUCCUCGUGCAGCUGCGCAAAAACGAACAAUUCCUCUCCACCUUGGAUAAAGACAGUCCUGUCGAAGAACAAAGGUUCUUCGUUCCAAAUCAGACACUGGGGGACGACGAUGCUGCAUUUAAAGAAAGGCUAAAAAAUAUGGGAAAAGCUUCCAGAAAGAAAUUUAUCCAAAUUGCAAGAGUAUUUACGGGAAAAAAGAAGAAGAGCACUGCACGCAAUAUAAUGAAUCAUGGAGACACUCACAUAAAAGACAAUUUAUUUCUGCACGAGGAAGAACACUGA